AUGGGAACCAAGUUCUUAGCUCUGGGUUUGUCUCUGUUUCUUGUUCUCUCAAGCUUCUAUGAAGUUUCUUGCCAGGAUGAAGGAAGUAGAGGUUUGAGUUUAGAUCUAUUCGAGCAAGAAUAUCAAGCUAAUAUCAAUUCUCUCCAAGGCAAUGAAGAAGAGGAUCGAUCUGCAAAGAAACUGAGUGAAAAUCAGAAAAACAGUACAGUAACUGAUAACAACACUAUCUCUCUGUCUCUGUCGGAAAAAGAACCUGUGGAAACUCUUAAAGAUUCUUCUGUUGAUACCUCGUCUCAGUUAGGAGCUGUUACUGAUGAAGUCAGUACAAGUUCGAGUAUGUUGGAUCAUAUCGAAAAUGAGUUUGAAGCACAUAUGAAUGAACUUAAAAAAGCUGAAUCUGAUGGUGCCAACAAAGUUGAUGAAUCUAAGGAUGAUCAAGAACUAGUUGCUCAGAGACAGAAAAUGUUGGAAGACAUCGAACGCGAGUUUGAAGCUGCUGUAUCUGGAUUUGAACAACUAAAGAUUGAUGAUUCAACUCAAGGAAAAGAUGAUGAACAAUCUGCAAUGAGACAAAGCAUGCUAGAUGAGAUUGAACGUGAUUUCGAAGCUGCUACAAAAGGUCUUGAACAACUUAAGGCUGAUGAUCUAACCGGGAUCAACGAUGAAGAACACGCUGCAAGGAGAGAAAAGAUGUUGGAAGAGAUUGAAAGAGAGUUUGCAGAAGCUACAAAAGGUCUUGAAGAACUAAGGCAUUCCACAUCAAGCACAGAUGAUGAAUCACACCCUACAAAGAGAAAUAGUAUGCUCGAUGAGAUCGAACGCGAGUUUGAAGCUGCUACAAGUGGUCUUAAACAGCUAAAGAUUAAUGCUCACACUGUCAAAGAUGAUGAUAAAGAACAAGAUUCCCAGAGACAAAGUAUGUUAGAUGCAAUUGAAAAAGAGUUUGAAGCUGUUACAAGUAGUUUUAAACAACUUGAUGAUCUCUCCGAGAACAAAGAUGAGGGAGACCAUACUGCAACGAGGCAAAGUAUGUUGGAUGAGAUUGAGCGUGAAUUUGAAGCUGCUACAAGUAGUCUUAAGAAACUAAACCUUGACGAUUUCACUGAAGGAGAGGACAGUGAACAAGCUGCUACAAAAAGUUUUGAAGAGCUAAAGGCUAAGGAUUCAACCGAAGACAAUGAUGAUGAUCAUGAGCACUCUGCAAGGAGAAAAAGUAUGCUUGAAGCUAUCGAACGCGAGUUUGAAGCCGCGACAAGAGCUCAUGCAGAAAAAGCUGAAGAUAAGAAAAACCAUAUGUUGGAAGCAAUCGAACGCGAAUUUGAAGCUGCUACAAUUGCAAAGGCUAAUGGACAAGACUCAGCUACAAAGGAUCUUCCAACCACAAAUAUAGUGCAGAAAACUUAUGGUUUAGACAGUCUACUAAAGCCUUCAGAUGGUGUAUGUGGCUGUUUUAACAAAGACAAAGAUGGUCUUAAGGCAGAUAUGGAUUCUUCGAUCAACAUAGCGGAGAUAAUCGCUGAAGAAUCCAAAAUUCAGGGCUCAGAGAGAUCUAGCCUCACCACAUCAUUGAACAAUCUUGUUCAUACACAUAGAAAAGAAACUUCCUCAAAGGUAGGCACAGUUCUUGGCUCAUCAUCAUCAGUUACUUCCACCACAAGCGAAUCAUCCGCUACAUCAGAGAACAUAGAGAGCUUGAAGCUAACAUUAAGGAAGCUACGUGGUUUAAGCGCGCGUGAUCUCGUAAACCAUCCGAAUUUCGACGAGAUUAUAGAAGCCGGUACACGUUACGAGGUACUCAGCUCAGCUUCUAUUGGUUACAUCUCUUUGCUAGCCAAAUACAAAACCGUCAUUAAAGAAGGAAACGAGGCUUCUCAGCGACUUCAGGUAGCGCAAACCCGAGCCAAACUGUUCAAAGAAACCGCGUUGGAGAAGCAGAGAGCCGCGGACGCUGAGUUCGCGUCCGCUAAGGCUCUUGCUCAAAGUGGAGACGCAUUGUCUGUGAGAAUCUUUGCGAUCAAGAAACUGUUGGCUAAGCUUGAAGAAGAGAAAAAGAAUGUUGAUUUGAAGUUUAAGUCGACGGAGACGAAUCUUGCAAAGCUUCUCAAGGAGGCUUCUCAGGCUUACGAGGAGUAUCACGAGGCGGUACGGAAGGCGAAAGAGGAGCAAGCUGCAGAGGAAUUUGCUAUUGAGACUACUAAAAGAGCAGAGCUUAUUUGGGUUGAGUUUCUUAGUUCACUUAAUUGA